AAAAUAUAAAUGACUUCAACACGUACAGGCCGUACAAACGCUAAUGGAAAGAAGGGCAGUGGAGAAUCCAGUGCUUCAGCCAUUCUUAUUGAUGACGAAGUACCCACUACGACAUCCACCAAAGUUGUCAGUAGUAAGAAGGUUACCAACCCCAAACCCCUCAGCAGCAGUGCCAAAAGAAUUUCCAAGGAAUUAGCAGAGAUUUCUCUUGACCCGCCUUCUAAUUGCAGUGCUGGACCGAAAGGAGAUAAUUUAUACGAUUGGGGAUCAACGAUAUCUGGACCGAGUGAUUCACCUUAUGCAGGAGGUAUCUUCUUCUUGGAUGUCAAACUAUCCGAAGAUUACCCUUUCAAACCCCCCAAGGUCACUUUCCGAACUCGUAUCUACCAUUGCAAUAUCAAUAGUCAAGGGGGCAUCUGUCUCGAUAUCCUCAAGGAUAACUGGUCUCCUGCCUUGACCAUUUCCAAGGUGUUAUUAUCUAUUUGCUCUUUAUUAACAGACGCCAAUCCUCAUGAUCCAUUGGUGGGUUCAAUUGCACAGCAAUACCUGACAAAUAGAGAGGAACAUGACAACACUGCACGUGAAUGGACUAAACGAUAUGCUUGUUAAGAUGAAUGAAUGUAUAUAAUGACCACGUCUUUUUUAUAUAAACACGCGUUUCUUGCCUUUUAUAGAAUUCGCGAGAGUGUCGGCCGACGUGUUGUUGAAAAUAAAAAUAAUAAAAGCUUUUCCCCAAUCAUCAAA